AUGGCUGAUUUCAACUUGGACAAUCGUGACCCCAACGACAUUAAUCAGCAUAUCCAGGUGGCCUUUGAAGAUGUGCUGGCCGAGCCGGAAGGAAUCCGUUCUAUGAACUGUGUCUGGAAAUUCACCUACAAAUGCUUCACUCUCUGGAAACAGCUGUGUUACAACAUCGCCACUCUCUGUUGUGGACUGUGCAUCGCCAUGAACUGGGGUUGUAUUUUCGCUGAGACGGCCUUCUACCACAUCUGGUACAUCACACCCUACCUGAAAUGGCUGGAGAUCAACUGUACACCAUUCAAGAAGUUGUUUAGAAUGUGUCUGAGUUGUUGUUUGGAUCCAAUUUGUGAAUCUGUGGGUACUGUAUUCCAUGCUUGUAAAAAGUGA